AUGUUUGAUGUUAGUUCGUUAAUAUUUUUUGGGAAUUGUAAUUCUGCAAAAAAGUCAAUUUCAGGUAAUCUUUAUAUGUAUAGAUUAAAAAAAAAAAAAAAUUUUAAAGAAUAUCCUUAUUCAUGUUUUGAAAAUAAUAGAAUAAAUGACAUUCAUAAUGAUUCUACUAUUUCUAAAGAAGGGUAUAAUAUAAAUAAUAAAUGGGUAAAAUAUUUUUGCUUCAUUAAAGCUAAUUUUUUUUAUGUAUAUAAGUUAAAAGGAGACUAUAGACCAGAUACUAUUUUUUUAUUAGAAGGAUGUCAAAUCAAAAUUAUUAAUUAUUAUGUAGCUCUUAAAAAUAAAAUAAUUGAAGAAAAUGAUGAAUUUAAUUUAAAGAAUAAUGAAGAUAUAAUACAAAUAAAAACACUUGAUCAUACUGAUGGUCAAACAUAUUUAUUCUAUGUAAAUGAUAAAGGGGUUCUAAAAAAAUGGUUUAAUACUUUGAACAAUUCUAAUUUCUCUAGUAUUAAUAAUAAUAUUAAAAUAAUAAAAGAAGAAAAUGAAGAAGUAAAAAAUAAUAUAGAUAAUAUUAAAAAACUAAAUGAUAUAGAAAUAAAAAAUAAGGAAAUAGAAAUCAGUAAUCUGAAAGAGAGAAUAAACUCCUUGAAGGCAACUAUAGAGAAUAUUAGAACAAAGAAUAAACGUUUACAAAUAGCAUCUGAGGUAAAUAUCAAAAGUGCAGAUGAAUUUCUUCAAAAAAAAAUAACUGAAAUGGAAUUUAUACACAAUGAAUUAGGUUUAAAAAUGGAAGAAAAUAAUAAAUUAAAAGAAACAAUAAUAAUGAUAACUGAUGAAUCUGAAAAAAAAUUAAAAUUAAUAAAUGAUUUAAAAAAUGAAAAGAAAACAUUAGAAAAAAAAUUAAACGAAAUAAUGGCAACUUAUGAAGAGGCUUGUAAUAACCCCGAAAAAUUAACUUUAAUUAAUUAUAAUACCAAUGAAAGAUAUCAAAAAAUAGUAUUAAAUAAUAAGAAUUUAAAACAAGAAAUAAUUAAAUUGAAUGAAAGAUUUUAUAACCUAGAAGACAGAUAUAGAGAAAAAAUUAAAACAAUAAAAGAAAUAGUUGAAAUUGGAGAUAUUUUUGAUUAUUUACAUAAAUUAAUUGUUUUAUGCCAAACUAAAAUAAAAUUUUAUGAACAGUCUUACAAAUAUAAUGAAGAACAACAAAAAGAAAUAAUGAAUUCUAUUGAAUAUCUGAUAAAGGAAACAAAAUUAUCAGAGGCAAAUGCAAGGGUUUGCUAUAUAACACAUAGAUCAAAAAUAUUGGAAGAAAGAUUAAGUUAUUAUAUAAACCAUACAUGGCCAUCUGAUUAUUUUUAUUUUGCUUGUACUACAUUAAGAAGAUUAGGUUGGGUAUUUGGAGAAAUAGAAGUUUUAAAUCCAGUUAUUGGUGAUAAUAAAGAAGUUUAUCCUUUAUAUUCAUAUAUAGAUGAUAUGAACGUAAUACCAAUGCGUGAGCAAAUUUACUUUAAUGAAGGUAUGGAAGGAAGAGGAAACUUCAAUAUUGUUAAUGAUGUAGACAUUUAUUCCAUGCCUGUUAAAAUGUGCCCAUAUGAAGAAAAGAUAUUAAGCGAUAAUAAGUAUAAUUAUAUAAAAAUAAAAUUAACUGAUCUUAAAAAUGAUUUUAAUAUUCUUAAAAAAAAAACAAAACCUCAAAAUAGAAGUAUGAUUUCUAACUUGCAAUGGGAUGAAAUAAAAAAAAAUGCAUACGAUAGAUUAGAAAAAAACAUGAUAAUUCUUGACAAACAAAUUUCUACAGAAAAAAAAAAAAUCUGA